GGGGACAUGUAUCAAGUGAGAGGCAGAACUUUCUCAAGAAGCUGAUCUGAUGGUAAAAUGAGAGCUUUGGAACUGCCCCCCUUGUUAAGUAGCUGAUGGUUGAGGAACUCUUCCCACUUGGAAAGAGGCUUUUCCUUCUUGGACAUCUGCUGGUGGAGCCUCCAGAAGCCUGACAGAGGAGACAGGGGUCCAUCAGAACCUCCUGGCAUUUCUCUGCUGUCUCACAGGGAGGGCUGCUCUCACUUUUGGUCCUUUCACCUUUUUGUUUCCUGAGGACUUUUAACAGGUUGAUUGAUGCGCUGCUGAUCCUUCAGGGGUGAAACAUGAAGAUCAGGCUGUCGUUGACCACGGCCRCCCUCCUCGCAGCCCUGCUGGCCUCUAUAGAAGCUCAAGUGGAACCGCCCUCAGAUUUGAAAUUUAAAAUUCUAAAUGAGAACACAGUGGAAAUGUCAUGGAUAAGACCCUCGGUAGCGAUAGAGGGCUUCAGAAUACAAGUCGUAACAGAUGCAGAUGAACCAGCCAGAGAUUUUACACUCAGUGCAGAAACAACAACAACCUCCAUCACCAACCUGACUCCUGACUUGGACUACACRGUGACAAUAAACUCCUUCUAUGGUUCAGAGGAGAGCAUCCCCAUCUAUGGACAACUGACAAUCCAGUCGAGUAACACCAGUGGACGAGUCAGGAGGCCGCAGUCAGAUGCAAUCAAAUGUUCCGUUAGUGCCAUAGCAGAUCUGGUUUUUCUGGUGGACGGCUCUUGGAGUGUGGGCAGAGAAAACUUCAGACACAUCCGCAGUUUCAUUAGYGCCCUAGCAGGGGCCUUUGACAUCGGAGUAGACAAGACUCGAGUGGCUGUGGUUCAGUACAGCACUGACACCCGCACAGAGUUCCCCCUCACCCGUUACAUCAGAAGAGGAGACCUGCUCCAAGCUAUAAACUCACUGCCGUACAAAGGAGGGAAUACAAUGACUGGUGAUGCCAUAGAUUAUUUGAUAAAAAACAUCUUUACUGAGGCUGCUGGGUCAAGAAAAGGUUUUCCAAAGGUUGCCAUGAUCAUCACUGAUGGAAAAUCUCAGGACUCAGUGCAGGAGCAUGCUGAGAGACUUAGGAACAUUGGAGUGGAAAUAUUUGUCCUAGGUAUCAAAGGAGCAGAUGAGGAUGAGCUCAAGGAAAUUGCGUCUACACCUCAUGGCAAACAUGUGUACAAUGUCCCCAACUUUGAUCUGAUCCAAGAGGUUCAGAAAAAGAUCAUCAUUGAAGUUUGCUCCGGUGUUGAUGAGCAGCUUAGCUCCCUGGCCAGUGGGGAAGAACUGGUAGAGCCAGCCACUAACUUGCAAGUCACAGAAAUUGCAUCAAAGUCAAUGAGGGUGACUUGGGAUCCUUCCCCCGGUGAAAUCACAGGCUAUAAACUCACCCUUAGUCCCAUGGUACCUGGAAUGAAGCGCCAAGAGCUUUACAUAGGACCCACACAGACAUCCAUCAAUGUCCGUGACCUUUCCCCUGAGACUGAGUACGAGAUCAGCUUGUUUGCCCUCAAAGGUUUGACACCAAGUGAACCCAUCCUGGAUCUGGCAAAGACUCAGCCGGUCAAAGUAUUAACAGAGUGCUCCCUUGGAGUGGACGUGCAGGCUGAUGUGGUCCUACUGGUCGACGGCUCGUACAGUAUUGGAUUAAACAACUUUGCUAAAGUCCGUGCCUUCCUCGAGGUUCUGGUCAACUCCUUUGACAUUGGACCCAACAAAAUYCAAAUUAGCUUGGUACAGUACAGUCGUGACCCACACACUGAGUUCGCCCUCAACACCCACCAUGACAUCAACGCAGUCGUCAGAGCUGUGAAAACCUUCCCCUAUCGAGGCGGUUCCACCAACACUGGCAAGGCCAUGACCUACGUCAGGGAGCGGAUCUUUGUCAACUCCCGAGGAGCCAGAGACAACGUCCCUCGUGUCAUGGUCCUGAUCACUGACGGAAAGUCUUCAGACACUUUUAAGGAUGCUGCCACUAAGUUGAGGAAUAUCGAUGUGGAGAUUUUUGCCGUUGGUGUGAAGGAUGCCGUGAGGUCGGAGUUGGAAUCCAUUGCCAACCCACCGGCAGACACUCACGUCUAUGAGGUGGAGGACUUCGAUGCCUUCCAGAGGAUCUCCAAGGAGCUGACUCAGUCCAUCUGUCUGAGGAUUGAACAGGAGCUWCUAAAGAUCAAAAAGAGAAAUCUGCUUCCUCCCACUGACUUGCGGUUCUCAGAGAUCACCAGCCGAAGCUUCCGUGCCACCUGGACACCUCCUGCUGCUGCGGUUUUGUCUUACUUACUGCGAUUCCGUAAGGCCGAAGAUGUCACUGGAGACUAUAUUUCCAUGAUAGUGCCUGGCAAUACCCCCACAGCCAUUCUUCCCAAUCUGUUCCCCGUCACCACCUACGAAGUCAACGUCUUUUCUCAGUAUGAAAAAGGAGACAGUUUCUCUUUGACCGGUGAAGAAACCACKCUUGAAGAGAAAGGCACUGUACGGAAUCUACGAGUCACAGAAGAGACGACAAACAGUUUUAGGGUGUCAUGGCAGGCUGCUCCAGGUUCUGUGAUCAGAUAUCGCCUGUCUUAUGUUCCACUCAGUGGUACAGGAGAAAUACUGGAGGCUCAAACCAUUGGACCAGAAACCACCAUAGUUCUCCAAGAGCUGUUCCCAAUCACCACCUACCGCGUGUCGGUGUCUGCUGAGUAUGAUACUGGCAUCGGAGAUGAGAUGCAGGUGGAUGGUACCACCAAGGAAGUCCGUGGGACUCCUCGUGACCUUCGAGUGUUUGAUGAAACAAUAUCUACAAUGAAACUGGCGUGGCAGGCUGCUCCAGGAAACGUUCUCCAGUACCGCAUUGCCUAUAAGCCUGCAGAGGGAGGUGAUAGGAAGGAGAUAACCGUCAAAGGAGAUACAACCCAGGCUGUGCUGAAGAACCUCCAACCAGCCACAGAAUAUGAACUAUUUGUUUCUGCACGCUAUUCAAGUGGCCAGGGGGAUCCUCUCCUGGGUACAGGAACCACUUUAGAAGAGCUCGGCUCCCCCAGAGACCUGGUGACCAGUGAUGUCACCGAAAGCAGUUUCGGAGUGUCCUGGACUGCGGCUCCGGGUAACGUUCGCCAGUACCGGAUCACCUGGAAGUCUAUGUUCAGUGAUGAGGCUGGAGAAAAGACAAUACAAGGGGACACCACGGCCACUGUUCUGGAUGGUCUCACCCCUGAGACCCUUUAUCAAGUGUCUGUGUUUGCUAUCUAUGGCCAUGGAGAGGGCCAACCAUUGACUGGAGAGGAAACCACAGAUAUCUCAGCUGCUGGAAGAGCCAUCRUUGUCUCAGAAGAGACAGAGAAAAGCAUGAAGGUGGAUUGGCAACCAGCCCCCGGAAACGUACUCAACUACCGCGUUACUUACAAACCGCAGUCAGGAGGACGRCAGCUGGCGGCCAAAGUACCCGGCGGGACCACCUUCACCGUGCUGAGACGCCUUACUCCACUCACUACCUACGACAUCUCAGUUGUGCCAGUUUACCGUUCCGGAGAAGGCAAAGCAAGGCAAGGGGAAGGAACAACAYUGUCGCCUUUCAAAGGUCCAAGAAACCUUCAGACUUCAGAACCAACAAAGACUAGUUUCAGAGUAACCUGGGAUCCAGCCCCCGGUGAUGUCAAAGGGUACAAAGUCAAGUUCCACCCUGCUGAGGAUGACAUCGACCUGAGAGAACUUCUGAUCAGUCCGUAUGACAACACUGUGGUGCUCGAGGAGCUCAGAGCCGGCACCAAAUACACAGUGAGUGUGUUUGGUAUGUUUGAUGGAGGAGAGAGUAUGCCGCUGGCUGGAGAGGAAAACACCACUUAUUCUGAUGAUCCCGAUGGUCCAUAUUUCCCAGCGUCAAAUGUUGUGUGUAGGACCAAUGCACAGGCUGACAUUGUGCUGCUGGUGGACGGCUCCUGGAGUAUCGGGCGUCUUAACUUCAAGACUAUCCGGGCCUUCAUUGGCCGCAUGCUGGGAGUCUUUGAGAUCGGACCAGAUCGAGUCCAGAUUGGUCUUGCACAGUACAGCGGAGACCCAAAGACUGAAUGGCACCUGAAUGCUCAUCCAACUCGCGAGUCGCUCCUGCAAGCUGUGACCAACCUGCCCUACAAAGGAGGAAACACAAUGACAGGUAUGGCUUUGAGCUACAUCCUUCGAAACAACUUCAAAGAGAGUGUGGGGAUGCGCCCCAGCGCCCGUAAGAUCGCCGUCCUGAUUACCGAUGGUAAAUCCCAGGACGAGGUCGUCCUCUCUUCUCAGAGCCUGCGGGACCAGGGCAUUGAGAUCUACGCCAUCGGUGUGAAGAACGCAGAUGAGAACGAGUUGAGGUCCAUCGCCACGGAUCCGGAUGACAUCCACAUGUUCAACGUGGCUGAUUUCUCCUUCCUGUUGGAAAUUGUGGACAAUCUCAGUGACAACAUCUGUAACAGUGUCAAGGGCCCAGGAGGAGCUCCGGAUUCCCCCACUGAUCUGGUGACAUCAGAGGUGACUCAUCACACCUUCAGAGCCACUUGGACUGGUCCUGAAGGCCCCGUGGAAAAGUACCGUGUGGAGUACAUGACUGUUUCUGGAGAGACAAAGGAGGUCUUUGUGGAUGGAACUACAACCACCGUGGUCCUGCAGGGCCUCGACCCAYUGACAAAGUACCUGGUCAACGUCUACUCAGUUGUCGGUGAGGAGAGCAGCGAGCCUCUGAAAGGRACCGAGACCACACUGCCUCUGAGUGCUGUGAGGAGGAUGAAUAUUUACGAUGAACAGAUGACCACCAUGCGAGUGAGGUGGGAAGCGGCACAGGGCGCCACGGGUUACAUGCUGCUGUACAGCGCCAUCAACGCCACCCAGCCCACCACGGAGCAGGAGGUGAGAGUGGGAGGAGCUACAACUGACGUCCAGCUGCAGAAGYUGCUCCCCAACACAGCCUACUCACUUUCUCUCUUUGCCCUCUACGGCGAAUCAGCCAGCGAGCCACUGACCAAGCAGGGAGUCACCUUGCCCAUGCCACCAGCGGGGGAGCUGAGGGUCCGCGAUGUCACCCACAGCACCAUGGUGCUCAACUGGGAYGCUGCCCCCGGUCCUGUUCGUAAUUACAUCAUCACCUACCAACCCGAGGAGGGAGAGGCGAAAGAGCUGGAAGUGGAUGGAAGCGUAACUGAGAAACAACUGGACAACCUGAUCUCACAAACUGAGUACGCUUUGGCUGUUACUCCAGUCUAUGAUGAGGGACCCGGACAGCCAAUGUUGGGGACUGCAAUCACCGAUGUGGUUCCAGCGCCAAAGAACCUGCGGUUCUCAGAAAUCACUCAGACCAGCUUCAGAGCCACCUGGGAUCACGGGGCCCCUGAUGUGGCUCUGUACCGCAUUGGAUGGACCAAGAAAGGAGAAAACAACUUACAGUUUGCCAUCCUGAACCAUGAUGACACGAGCCACGUUUUGGAGGAAUUGGACCCAGACACGCCUUACGACGUACAUGUUACUGCAAUCUACCCAGAUGAGUCAGAGAGCGAGGAUCUGAUGGGCACAGAGAGGACAUUGCCCAGGGAUGCUGGUAGACCAAGUGAGCAAGUACCAAAUGCUCCUCCCACCAACUUGGUUGUGUAUAAUGAAACCACCACCACUCUGAAUGCCAGAUGGACUCCACCUACGGGACGGGUCCAGACCUACAGGGUCAACUACGUCCCCACAGCUGGAGGCCGGAUGCAGAGUACCCAGGUUGGUGGAAAAAAGACCUCUGUUCUGCUUCCUAAGCUGACCCCUGAUACUGAGUAUGCAAUCAGUGUGAGUGCAAUUUAUGCCAAUGGACCAAGUGGAGAUCUGAAUGGGCUUGGAAAGACCAAGCCUUUGGGUGGUGUUAGAAACUUGAGGGUGACAGAUCCGACCACCAGCACCUUGAAUGUCCAGUGGGAGCCUGCUGAAGGCCCCGUGCGUCAGUAUAGGAUCUUCUAUGUCCCUACAGCUGGAGGACGAGAAGAAAUGGCUCAGGUACCAGGAGGCACCUUAAACACAGUGCUGAAGAACCUGCAGUCUGACACAUUGUACACGGUGUCUGUGGUUCCAGUUUAUUCCACUGGAGAUGGACAGCGCAUGUCUGAGAAUGGAAAAACAUUGCCGCGAAGCCCCGUCAGAAAUAUUGAGGUCUUCAACCCCACCAUCACCACUCUGAAUGUUCGCUGGGAGCCAGCUACAGGGCCAGUCCAACAGUACCGGGUGGUCUACGCUCCUCUGACCGGAACCAGACCCUCUCAGUCGAUUCUGGUACCAGGCACCACCACCACCGCUCGGCUGACCGAUCUGCUCGCAGACACUGACUACAAUGUUGGAGUUAUUCCCCUGUACAGCGAUGGGGAAGGACCYGCCGCAAGUGAUGAUGGGAAGACACUGCCACGCAGCGGUCCGAGGAACAUGCGGGUGUACGACCCCACUACCACCACUCUCUCCGUUAGCUGGGAGCCUGCAGACGGUCCAGUCAGUCAGUAUCGCGUCAGUUGGGUCCCGAAGACAGGACAACAGGAUGAAAACUACAUGAUGGUGACAUCAAGCACAAACAAUUUGAUCCUGCAAAACCUGGACCCAGAAACAGAUUAUAAUGUCAGAGUGACUGCAAUGUAUCCUGACGGGAUCGGAGGAGAGAUGGACAGAGAUGGACGCACACUGGGAAUGCUUGGUCCCAGAAACUUGCGUGUUUCUGAUGAGUGGUACACCCGUUUCAAGGUGGCCUGGGACCCUGCUCCCUCCAGGGUUGAUGGAUACAAGCUUAUCUACCAGCCCGAGGGUACUGAUGAGUCCAUGGAGAUCUUUGUUGGAGAUGUGACCUCACACCAGCUGAAUAACCUGRAUCCUGGAACGACCUAUGACCUGAAGGUGCUGGCCCAGUACAACACAGGCGUCAGCGCCCCUCUGGUUGGUCAAGGAACCACACUGUACCUAAAUGUGACAGACUUGACCACCUACAACGUWGGCUUUGACUCUUUCUGCCUCCGAUGGGCUCCUCACCGUGCAGCCACCUCCUACAGACUCAAAGUCAACCCAUUCGACAUUUCAAAGAGAGGAGCUCAGGAAGUCACUGUGAGAGGCUCAGAGAGUACUUAUUGCUUUGAUGGCUUGAGUCCCGACACUCUUUACAAUGCCACCGUGUACACCCAAACCCCCAACAUGGAGGGGCCUGGAGUCAGCGUCAAGGAGAGAACAUUGAUGCAACCUACCAUGGAGCCAACUGAGCCUCCCCCACCUCCUCCUCCAGCUUCAGUCCCACCUGCUUUAGAUAUUUGUAAAGGUGCCAAGGCAGACCUCGUCUUCCUCAUUGAUGGCUCCUGGAGUAUCGGAGAUGACAGCUUCAACAAAGUCAUCCAGUUUGUUACAAGCAUGACUUCAGCGUUCGACGUCAUCAGCCCCAGUGGCAUGCAGGUUGCAUUUGUGCAGUUCAGCGACGACGCUAAGACUGAGUUCAAACUGAACACUUACCACGACAAGGGCGUCGCCCUGUCAGCUGUGAAAUCAGUCCGCUACAGAGGAGGCAACACCAAGACCGGUGUUGCUCUGAAACACGUCUAUGAAAAGGUGUUCACGUCAGACAGCGGCAUGAGGAGAAAYGUCCCCAAAGUCUUGGUUGUUGUCACAGAUGGACGGUCCCAAGACGACGUCAAGAAGAGUGCAGAGAAACUGCAACACUCUGGCUACAGUGUGUUUGUGGUCGGAGUGGCUGAUGUUGACAUGAGGGAGCUGACAGUUAUUGGCAGCAAGCCCAGUGAGAGGCACGUGUUUGUUGUGGACGACUACGACGCUUUUGACAAAAUCCAGGACAACCUGAUCACUUUCAUCUGUGAAACGGCCACAUCCACUUGUCCUUUAAUCUACAUGAAUGGAUUCACCACACCUGGUUUCAGAAUGCUGGAUGCUUUCAACAUCACAGACCGGACAUUCGCUGGCAUGAAUGGCGUGUCUAUGGAGCCUGGUUCCUUUAACAGCUUCAUUGCCUACAGACUGCACAAAGAUUCCUUCCUGAACCAGCCAACCAAGGAGAUCCAUCCAGAUGGUCUUCCCCCAUCUUACACCAUCAUCCUGCUCUUCCGCCUCCUCCCUGACACACCGUCUGAACCUUUUGACCUCUGGCAGAUUGCUGACAAAAACAACAACCCUGAGGUCGGGGUCACCAUGAACCCUUCCAGCCAGACUGUCACUUUCUACAACAAGGACACCCGAGGAGAGAUUCAGAAAGCUGUGUUUAAUGAAGCCCAAGCAAAGCGAGUGUUCCAUGGGAGCUUCCACAAGAUGCACAUCACCGUCUCCCCUGAGAAAGUCAAGCUGCACGUGGAUUGCAUGGAGGUGGCAGAGAAGCCCAUCAAGGAGGCCAACAACAUCACGGUGGAGGGCUACGAAGUGCUCGGCAAGAUGGUCAAGUCUGCCGGUUCAAAGAGGACUUCUGCACCGUUCCAGCUCCAGAUGUUCGAUAUUGUCUGCAGCUUGAGCUGGAUCAGCCGGGACAAAUGCUGCGAGCUGCCAGCCACGAGAGAUGAGGCAAAGUGUCCAUCCCUUCCCCACUCCUGUACCUGCACACAGGACAGCAUCGGCCCCCAGGGACCUCCUGGACCUUCGGGCGCACCAGGAUCUAAAGGACCUCGAGGAGAUACAGGAUCACCUGGCAACCCCGGUGGAAUGGGUCCACGUGGUGAACCAGGGCUCCCAGGCUCAUUAGGACCACCAGGUCCUCAAGGCCCUAAUGGACUUUCUCUGCCCGGACCACCUGGGAGCCCAGGACCAAAGGGAGAUCGCGGAGACCCAGGCAUUCCUGGCCUGCAAGGUCCUCCUGGGCCACGAGGUCCAUUGGGCCCUGUUGGACCAAGCGGAGCACGGGGGCCACCAGGAAAGGAGGGACAAGCUGGACCCAGAGGCCCAMCAGGGCCCAUGGGAAGCCCUGGAAAUCCUGGUGUACCCGGAAUUACCGGAAAACCAGGGAAACAAGGAGAUCCAGGAAACCAAGGACCGAUUGGCCCUAAAGGAGAAAAAGGAGAGAGGGGAGACUUUGCAUCCCAGAACAUGAUGCGUUCCAUUGCCAGACAAGUUUGUGAACAGCUUGUGAGCAGCCAGAUGAGCAGAAUUGACGUUAUGCUCAACCAGAUACCUUCCGGAUAUCGCAGCAACUCUCCAGGRCCACCCGGUCCUGCUGGUCCUCCUGGUGCCCAGGGAGCCCGAGGAGAGCCUGGCCAAACUGGGAGACCUGGCUUCCCCGGAAACCCUGGAUUACCUGGAAGUCARGGAGAAAGAGGUUUGCCAGGAGAUAAGGGAGAGAGAGGAUCUCCUGGAGAUGGUAUCAGAGGACAAAGAGGCCCACCCGGACCACCAGGACCAGCGGGAGAGUCAAGAAGUGGUCCCCCAGGUCCUUCUGGCUCCGCUGGGCCUCGUGGCCCUCCAGGUCGUCAGGGUACUCCAGGUGUACGAGGACCACCUGGACCCCCUGGAUACUGCGACUCCUCUCAGUGUGUUGGCAUUCCUUACAAUGGACAGGGAUACACAGACCCCCGCUACCAGCCUGAACCUAUACCUGUGGAGCCAGUUGGAGAGGUUGAGCCAAUACAAUCACGUGGUUACACAAGAGGCCAGCGAAGAAAGAGAUCACUACCACAAGACAAUACAGGGAGUCUAACAUCAUAGCUACAAUCAGAAACUCUCAGACAGAAUGCUAUUAAAAAAAUAAGAAUGUCGUAAACACUUGAGAUAUAAUCAGAACAAAACUAAUACUUAUAUGGGUUUGAUACCUCUGGCUCUAUUGAACAUUUAUAUAUAUAUUAUUUUUUUGACAUGAGAAAGUUUAGCAAGAUGAAUAGAAAGCUUUAUGUUACAAACCUGUGUGCUUGCUAAAUGUUUCCCUUCAGUGUCUGCUUGUAAAAUAACUGCAGGUGUUUCAGACUCCAGCUUGGAAAGCACCAAUCGUGUGAAAACCAGCAAAGCAUAACUAGUACAAUAUGUGUGGAGCUUAACUGCAACAAAACAAUGUUGUUUUUUCAUGUUCAUUUUCAAAAUCUGUUGUUCUGUUGGUUAAAGACCAAAAUAUUUGAAACUUUUUUUUUAAUUUUGCUGUUUUGUGCGGCCUGUAAGCAAUAYGGCAAUCUGACUGUAACAAAUCACAAUUUGUUUUUGUUUUUUGCUUUGUUGCCAAAAAGGUAAAGAUGCAUGAUUGUGUUGUAUAUUUACUGAGGUCAGAAUAUAGUUGUUGUUGUUUUCGGUCAAAGCAGUUUGGAUUCGGUGGCAAAACUAUUGAUAGGAUUGCUUUUCUCAUGUUUCAACUGCACAAUUUGUGAAUUACACACAGCCUUAUUUUCUUAUUUAUUUCUGAAAUGGAAGAGGCAUUUUUCAAUAAAACUACUGAAAAUGUU